GAAUUAAUGCGCAAGAAAUACUGUUCAAGAGCUGAAAUCCAGAAACUGGAAACUGAGUUCUGGAAUCUGAAGAUGGAUGGACCAAAGGUUGCCGAGUAUAUUCAGCGUUUUCAUGAUUUAUCAAGGGUCGUUCCUUAUCUUGUCGAGCCGGAAUUCAAGAGAAUCGAAAGGUUUAUUUGGGGACUUGCGCCUCAAAUCCUGAGCAUGGUUACUGCCUCAAAGCCUCCAACCAUCGUAGAGGCUAUCGAUUUGAGCGUUACACUUACUGAAGAAGCUCUUCGUAUGGGAAAGUUUUCGAAAUCUGAGACAAACAAGAAAGAGACUCACGUGGAGUCUUCAGGCAAAAACAAAAGAAAGUUUUCAAAUCUGAAGAAAGGCACUCAAGUAAUUCAUGACCACUCAAAUGCAAACAAAAGAAGGGAAGCAAACCCGCCGCGUGGCAUGAAAGCUUAUGGAGCCACCAAUAAGGCCAGUGGAAAGGUUUAUCUGGGGACUAAGCCGAGAUGUGAUGAACGCAAGUUUCACCAUGAAGGUCGAUGCCUGAGACCUAAGUGUGACAGAUGUGGAAAAGAGGGACACAGCAAGGAUGCCUGUUGGGCAAGAUAUCCCAACCAAGGAAGAAACGAUAGUUACAACCAAGGCGGAAACAACAAUGGUAGAGUUCCAGGUUGCUUCAAUUGUGGUGACGUUGGUCACUUUAGAAAAGAUUGCCCUAAGAAGAACCAAGCGAGGAGGAGUCUUCGCGAUCGGAGCUCGUAAGCGCGCCAGGACCCGAAUGUUGUGACGGGAAACAAGAUGGAUCUUGGGCGCGGGUGUUGUUUUCAAGAUGUAAAUUUCAAGUUUAGGUGUCAUCCACUUUAGUUUGUUUGUAACUUAACUGGAGGUCAUGUUGAUUGAAACUUAAAUGACUUGUGAUUGUAAUGUUUUGAACUUUUGAAUGGAUGAACAUCAUAUUAAUCAUAUAGUUGUUUGUUA